AGAUGGCGCGGCUCCCGGCGCCGCCGCCAGAUCGCAGGAACCCGGCGCCGGGGCGCUGCGCUGAGGCUCCCUCUUGGCGCGGCCCUGGAAGCCUGCAGGUGUCCUUGGCCAUUCGGCCGCCGCCCGGGAUACUCCUUCGCCAGCGCCGGUUGCCAGAUUCUUCAGAGCAGCCCCUCCCUCCAGGCUCUGCGCCGCGCAGGACGCCCCGUCUGAGCCCCCCCUCGUCCCGCUGCGGCCCCCGCAGCGCGGCAUCCAGCCCGGCGCAGAUCCCGGCCGCGGACGCAGGACCCGGGCUCUCUGCUGCGGGCGUGCUUGUUUUCCUGCUGCCGCCUGGUCCUACACAGCCCCCGCCCGCCGGUCCCUCUCGCUCAGUUCAGCCCCGCCCGCCAUCGGUGCUCCGCGCUGGAUUUAUGAAUGGGGGGAAGAGGCCGCAUGCAGCCACCGCCGCCUCUAGUUGACCGCACACUGCCCGGCCCCGCAGAGCUCCGGCUACCCUAAGAGCAUCCGCCUGGCCCCGGUUGCCGCUCCGAGGACUUGUUGCUGUUACGCUGCUGCCGUUGCCGCCGCCGCCGUUGCCACCCGGAGAAAACCAGCUGCCUUCAGGCUCGACGCGGACUGGGAGCCAAAAGGUGGCCCGCGUGAGUGUGAGCGCGCGCGCCGCGGACCCUCGCAGUGCUCCGGGACUGUGCGCUUCUCCGUCUUUCUGGGGUUGGGGGGCGUGUCCCCGGCCCCGAGCAUCCUUGGGCUUGCCCCUACCUCCCGGGACCCCUGGCUUGAGUCCUCGACCCUGGUCUCCACUUCCUGCCUCCCUAGGCUCUGCCUGACCAAAUCCCAACCACCUGUACACCAGAGAAACCCAACUCCUCCUGCUCCGCGCCCUGGGGGGGGGGAGGGAGGGAGGCAGGGGCAGAGCCACGCCGCAGAAGGGGCCGCCACUGCCUCCUGCCUCCUCCUCCACCUCCUCCUUCUCCACCUCCUCCUCGUCUCCUCCCCCUCCCCGGUCUGACGCUGCCUCCUUGGGAAGGGUGUUUGGAGGGCAGCGGCCGCCCCAAGCCGGAGCCCCGUAGCGCUUCUUAUGAUCAGCUCGGUGUGUGUCUCCUCCUACCGCGGGCGCAAGUCGGGGAACAAGCCUCCGUCCAAAACAUGUCUGAAGGAGGAGAUGGCCAAGGGCGAGGCGUCGGAGAAGAUCAUCAUCAACGUGGGCGGCACGCGACAUGAGACCUACCGCAGCACCCUGCGCACUCUACCCGGCACCCGCCUUGCCUGGCUGGCGGAUCCCGACGGCGGGGGUCGGCAGGAGUCGGAUGGCGGCGGUGCAGGCAGCAGCGGCAGCAGCGGUGGCGGGGGCUGUGAGUUCUUCUUUGAUCGGCACCCGGGUGUUUUUGCCUAUGUGCUCAACUACUACCGUACCGGUAAGCUGCACUGCCCCGCCGACGUCUGUGGGCCUCUCUUCGAGGAAGAGCUCACCUUCUGGGGUAUUGAUGAAACUGAUGUGGAGCCUUGCUGCUGGAUGACCUAUAGGCAGCACCGUGAUGCUGAAGAGGCACUGGACAUCUUCGAGAGCCCGGACGGGGGCGGGGGUGGCGCAGGGCCCAGCGAUGAGGCUGGCGACGAUGAGCGGGAGUUGGCCUUGCAGCGUCUGGGCCCCCAUGAGGGAGGCGCGGGCUCUGGUGCUGGAUCCGGGGGCUGCCGUGGAUGGCAGCCCCGAAUGUGGGCGCUCUUCGAGGAUCCCUACUCAUCCCGGGCAGCCAGGGUGGUAGCCUUUGCCUCUCUCUUCUUCAUCCUGGUCUCCAUUACCACCUUCUGCCUGGAGACCCACGAGGCCUUCAACAUCGACCGCAAUGUGACAGAGAUCCACCGGGUAGGGAACAUCACCAGCGUGCGCUUCCGGCGGGAGGUAGAAACAGAGCCCAUCCUCACCUACAUCGAGGGUGUGUGUGUGAUGUGGUUCACUCUAGAGUUCCUGGUUCGCAUUGUGUGCUGCCCAGACACACUGGACUUUGUCAAGAACCUGCUCAACAUCAUCGACUUUGUGGCCAUCUUGCCCUUCUACCUGGAGGUGGGACUGAGUGGCCUGUCAUCCAAGGCAGCUCGGGAUGUGCUGGGUUUCCUGCGCGUGGUGCGCUUUGUCCGCAUCCUGCGCAUCUUCAAGCUCACGCGCCACUUUGUGGGGCUGCGCGUGCUGGGCCACACGCUCCGAGCCAGCACCAAUGAGUUCCUGUUGCUUAUCAUCUUCCUGGCCCUGGGUGUGCUCAUCUUUGCCACCAUGAUCUAUUAUGCUGAACGAAUCGGGGCCAGGCCAUCUGACCCACGGGGCAACGACCACACCGACUUCAAGAACAUCCCCAUUGGCUUCUGGUGGGCCGUGGUCACCAUGACAACACUUGGCUAUGGGGACAUGUACCCGAAGACGUGGUCAGGAAUGCUGGUUGGGGCCCUGUGUGCACUGGCUGGUGUGCUAACCAUUGCCAUGCCCGUGCCUGUCAUCGUCAACAAUUUUGGUAUGUACUACUCCCUGGCUAUGGCCAAGCAAAAGCUGCCCAAGAAGCGAAAGAAGCACGUACCGCGGCCAGCCCAGCUUGAGUCACCCAUGUACUGCAAGUCUGAGGAAACUUCGCCCCGGGACAGCACCUACAGUGACACCAGCCCCCCUGCCCGGGAAGAGGGUAUGGUUGAGAGGAAACGGGCAGACUCUAAGCAGAAUGGUGAUGCCAAUGCGGUGCUGUCUGAUGAGGAGGGAGCUGGCCUCACUCAGCCCCUGGCCUCGGCCCCCACCCCUGAAGAGCGUCGGGCCCUGCGACGCUCAGGCACACGAGACAGAAACAAGAAAGCAGCUGCCUGCUUCCUGCUCAGUGCUGGGGACUAUGCCUGUGCCGACGGCAGUGUCCGAAAAGGCUGCGAAAAGUCCCGGAGUCUAAACAACAUAGCAGGAGCGGCUGGAACCAGUCUGGGGCUGUCUCCACUGGCAUCGCGGUACAGCUCGCCCUAUCCUCCGAGAAAGCUCCUGCUCUCGCACCCCUUCCACCCUCUCACCAGCCCCCCACCUGGUCACUCAGGUCCUUAGCUAUACCACGGCCUUCCUCAGCUCUGACACUGGGACACAUAUCCAAGCAGGCAUGUUUACAUGCCAUCCCAACCCUUUUAUCCCUCCUGAGGUCUGAGAAAACAGCAGAAGGGAACUUCAGUCAGGAUGGAGAAUUCGAGUCCCUGAGCCUACCCUACAUGGCACCUGGAUCCCCCAAACUGUCAGCCAUGGAACCUGAGUACAAGGGGGAGAUAUUGCCAGCUUCUCCCUGAACCAUAGGUGCUGGCACACUCAGGGCCCAUGUCUCUGGGUUUUGCCUUCAGCUCAGGAUCCUUGUAGGCCAGGAUGUGCAUGGUACACAGAGUGUCUGGAACGGCUCAAUCUUGCCUGCAAAUCAAACCUACAUUUAGAUUUUAACCACAGAAAUUUAAUUUGCAUUCCUUAUGGCCUUUAACCAGUAACCAGCUUGUCUGUCUGUCUGUCUAUCCACCCCACACCAAGAUCAGCAGGUAACAAGGCUGUCUCAUGGGGCAUCUCUGCUGGUGAAAAGGACGUUUGGCUCCUUGGACCAGCAGCACCUGUCGACAGAGCUGCCCUGGGAGUGGGACCCGGUGUUUCCCAGCUGGGCCUUGGGGCACAGAUGGGAGUUCCUAGAACCCAAGCCCCAGGCUUGGUGCAAGCCCUGGUGUGGCAGGGUGUGUAAGUGCAGGGAGGCCCUCCUCCCCGAAGCCCGUGCCCAGAUUCAGCGGGUGGCACCCAGCAUCCCAUCUGUGCCCUGCGCUGCUGCAGCAUCUCCACACUGCUUCCUCUGCUUCAGCGACAGUUUGCUCCCUCUCUCCCGCUCCCUCCGAUUCCCAGCCCUGCCUCUGAGUCACCUGCCACUCCCACCCAGCCUCUGCUCUGUAUUCCUGCCAGAACCGGAGACUCAUCUAAUUUCUAUAAUUAAGUGUAUUCAUUUACCUAACGAGCCCGGGAGCACAACAGGUUUGUGAGUCAUUGGGUGAGCAGGGGUACACCUUGCACAUAGACAGCCGAGGGGAAGUGAGGAGACAGGAGCUCCUACCCACACCUGCCACCGGGCCCCUCCGGCUCCCAAUAAGCCCCUCCCUCAGCCCAGGGCUAAAGGACAAAAGCCUCUACCAAGCCUCCCUGCUUCACCUGAUGGGAAUUGACCUGACAGCAGAGCCACGUGCCUGGCUAUCUUAGAGUCCGAUUAUGCAACUUUGAAAAGGGCGUGCCUAAGGAAGGUCCAUAUCUGCUCCCUUCAGGGUAAUAAAGGGACCUGGUGAGGCAACUUUAGGGACCUGGCAGGAAACUGCAAAACCAGGGGGCGGUCAACACAGAAGGUGGCCCAGGCAUAGAUGUAAAUCGUUUCCCCGAGGUUGGAGCUUUGCAAAGCCUGUGACAGGCACUGUCGCGUGAGCAAGCACUGGCCGACCUUCGGAAGUUCUGCUAGAUCAGGCCCUGGCACACUCGGUUCAGCCGUGCUCUACAGGGUCUGCAGCCACUGGCUCUCAGAAGGGGGUGUUUUCUGAGAGGUAAGAUGAGGGGAUACUGGGAAGCAGGCUGAGUCUGAAUCGAGCCUCCUUGUGGUAGAUUGGGCCCCACCCAGCGGGGCUCCUGGUACCAGGAGACUGUGGUCUGACAGGAUGAGCCAGGUGUCCAGUUUAGCACGAGUACCACAGCUAUUUUCUCUGGCUUGCCGUUCUGGUUUGGGGAACCGAGGCAGCUAUUUCUGUGGCAACCCUCAAGCUGUGCGGAACCCAGGUUUCCACGGCACCCACCGCCUCCUCUCUUCUUUCCUCCUACAAGGAUGGGCAUGCUUACAGCACCCCUGUAGGGGGCACAGAUGUCCCUGGGAGACACAGUGCAUCUGCCAGGUUGAAGCCCCUAGCAUUUGGUUGGAGAGAUGGGCUCCUAUACCCACCCCUAAUCUCCUGGCUCCAAAGGGAAGAGGCAGGGCCCAGUUGGUGGAAGAACUAGGUGAGUUAUCUGUCCUCAGCUACCUCUUAGGACUUUUGUGUUUGCCCAGGGUCCCAGGAAAGAAAAAAAAAUCUAUUAUGGCAGUUGCCUAUACAAGGCCUCAGAUCCAUCCAGGUGUUGAAUGUCCUUCACAAGGAGAAAGGUUUAUCUCACGGAGACGCCCCCAGAAGGCCAUGUUGAACCAAAAGCGUGCGUUAGCUUGUCUUUGCAUUGGACUUGGAAUUGGACCUGUUGCUUUUGCUUUUAGAACAUGACCCUGUAGCUGGGGUCUGGGGCCCUGCUUAAAGAACAAGCAGGCAGCCUAGGAGCAAACUCAGAGCCUUACCUUUCAGACAGAGCUGGUUGGGGCCACAGUCUUACGGAGAUGGUAACGGGUCAUGCU